GAACCCAAAGCAAUUAUGAAGAUCGAGCACCUAAACGCGACUUUCCAGCCUGCAAAAAUCGGGAACCCGCACGGACUGCAGAUCACCUACUUGAAGGACAAUAGCACAAGGAACAUCUUUGUCUAUCAUGAAGAUGGCAAGGAAAUAGUGGAUUGGUUCAACGCCAUCCGGGCAGCACGCUUCCAUUACUUACAAGUGGCAUUCCCUGGAGCCAGCGACUCUGAUCUGGUGCCAAAGCUUUCUAGAAACUACCUGAAGGAAGGAUACAUGGAGAAAACAGGGCCAAAGCAAACAGAGGGAUUCAAGAAGCGAUGGUUCACCAUGGAUGACCGACGGCUCAUGUAUUUCAAAGAUCCCCUGGAUGCCUUUGCCAGAGGGGAGGUUUUUAUUGGGAGCAAGGAGAACAGCUACAAGGUGCUGGAAGGGCUGCCACCAUCCACGCAGGGGAACCACUGGCAGCACGGGAUCACCAUCGUCACCCCGGAUCGGAAAUUCCUCUUCGCCUGCGAGACAGAGGACGACCAGCUGGAGUGGAUCACCACCUUUCAGAAGGUCAUAAGCCGGCCAAUGCUGCCUCAGGAAUACGCAGUGGAAGCCCAUUUCAAACAUAAACCUUAGCUGGGACUUGCUGGGCAGACCUGAGGAGCGAGCUUCUGUUUACAACACGACGUGGUUUUAUUUGAAAUGUUAAAAAUAAUUCAUAAUAACAGUAAUAAUAAUAACAAUAAUAAUACUUCCCUUUCCCCUCAUCAUUCACGUGAUCAUGUCGGAAGGGCGGCAGUGGAACGUCGGAGAAGAUCCUGAUCCAACUUGAAAUUCAGCUCUGUGGCUGCUCUGUGGGAUGGGACAGGUGGUGCUGCCACCCACCACCCCACACCCGCUGGAAGGGGCACCCAGCUUCACCAGGAUGGCAGAGACUGUUGGUGGCACAUCCCAGGGGCAGGUGGGACUCUUCCCCAUGCUCAGGUCCCUGGGUGCUGGAGCUGAGCAUCCCCACACUUCCAGAUGGCUGCCAGCCCUUUCCAGGGGGGCUGCAAGUCCCCAAGGGGUGACGUCCCUGUGGGAUGGGAAGCAGCCUGGAAACACACGGAAGGUGCUGUGCAAAGCAGCUGAGCCUGCCGUGGUGCCAGGGUAAUGAUAAGUGAAUUAUCCCCCUGGGAACUGGAGGUGAUGCUGUACCCAGAGAGGGUCAAAUAGGAUUUAUAAGUAGAGGAAAUGGGCAUCAUCAGCCUCGUUAAGUUAACGAAGGGCAGGGAGGAGGGGGCUGCAAGGGAGAUGCCAACCUGUGAGGUGAUGCUGGGGGAGCAGAGCUUUGGGGCCAGGUCUGUGUUUGGCUCCCUGGGUCAUCCCUGUUCCAUGGUCUGGGGGGCUUUGCCCCAUUUGGGGAGCCCGAUAUGGAGCUGGGGGGUUGAGCUUUAUCUGCAGUUUUGCUGAUGGGCACCACCAAAGCCUGUCUCAGCUCACUCCCAGCAGGCACAUCCCUUCUUCAGACUUGGUGGUUGCACUUUUUCCCCCAAUAAUCCAAUUUUUUUUUUGGUUGAUUUUUCUUCUCCUGCCCAAAAAAAAAAAGAAAAAAAAAAAAAGCUGCUUGAAGUGACGUUUCAGCGCGGUGUUGAGCACUGUAAUUCCUGCAGUUAGGGCGGGCGGGCUGGGAGCUGCACACCAGGUGCUGGAUUUUUACCCAAAAAUGAGAUUUCUGGCUUGCCCUGAAGGCCCAGCCCCAGCCACGGACCUGUCCGACGCGUUUCUUAGGGUGGUUGUGUAUCUGAGAGCAUCUCAUCGGCUGUGUGCAUUCGUUCUGUCACUGGUAAGACAACUGUGGUACUAAAUGUCAUUUGAACCAAUAAAUUAUUAUUAU